GGUGUAAGGGCUCGUCCUCCGCCCGCAGUGUUUUUAAAAAAAUAUUUGUAAUUUUUUAAACGCUCGCCUGUGUUGCCAUGGCGCAUGCUUCGACCGAUACGUUUAAUUUAAUUAGUGAAAGGUGGUUUUGUGUGAAACUGUGAUUUGUGAUGUGUUUCGUUAUAUUUUCAUGUUAUUAGUGCUAUUUGUGUGGAAUUCUCUGGAUAAUAUUGGUUAAAAAGCAUGCCAACCCGCGACUACAAGCGUCGGAAACUGAGCAGCUACUACUGAGAGAACAAUGAGCACAGUCUCCGCCCCUGCGCUCUAGAGAUGCGCGCAAAGAGGCGGGGCGAUGGAUUGCUACGUGCCGAACAACCCCCAAUUUGGGUUGGUCGAGUAUUGCCCGACAGACCACGGGCUCUGCUGCGACCCUCUCCAGUGCACCUGUGUCGAGAACCCUCUGAGAGAGUUCCCGGAGGAGUGCUGUCAGCAGGAAAACGAGAACUGCUGUCCAGAAAAUGGCGAAGAGUUGAACGCUUUGAGCGAUACGAUCGCCUGCUCGGCGCUGUCUCCGGACGAGGGGUGGCCGCCCGAGGACAUGGGCUCCUUCUCCUUGCCCCCGCUCGACCUGGAGCCGCUGCCCUCGCUGUUCCCCUUCUCACCAUGCUCGGGAUACAAGAACGGAGCGGGGGAAUGCAGGGAGCGGGGAGGCGGGGAGGCAGCCGACGUCCUCCUCUCGCUGAAACACGCCGUCGUCCAUGGCGACUGUUCCUCCGAGGCCGUACACCCUCAGAUGAUGGUGAACAACGGCGGCUACCCGUACUACGAGCACUACGGCGGCGCGCCCCUGUUCCCCACCAUGAGCGUCAACGUUUCCAUGAACAUGACUAUGCACGGAUGCCCUCCGGAGCAGCUGUGCUCACAGAUGCAAUGGAACCAGAACGCCUCAACGCCAUCAGUGAACGUGGUCUACCCGCAGUCACAGAACGUGAUCAGCUCGUCCACCUACCCCUCAGCCACCUACUCCUUCACAGCCGACUUCAGAACACCUAACCAAAGCGAUCCGCUAAUAACAGCCACAUCGACAUUUAAGCCCCUACUGCAAAACCCUCAAAAACCAAACCCUAAUUAUGCCUUAUUCCAGCAGAAACCAAAUUUUUCGAACCAGAAAGGUUUAGGGCAAAGUUUGAAAAGGCCACCUUCUAAGCUUUAUGGACAAGAGACGCAGAAGGACCAGAAUAUGGGCAAUGGGUACAUCUUGAAUCAAGGACAGAUGCAUCCCCAGGAGUAUGGUUACGCUGCCUGUGUUAAUUCUUCUGGGAAAGUGCCGGUGGGUGCUCUAAGCAACUGUUCAGAAGACGAUGAACAGAAACCCAAUCUCUGCCGUAUCUGCGGCAAGACAUACGCUCGGCCCAGCACGUUGAAGACCCACCUUCGCACCCACUCUGGUGAAAGACCGUACAGGUGUGGAGACUGCAACAAGAGCUUCUCUCAGGCUGCCAAUUUGACUGCCCAUGUCAGGACUCAUACCGGUCAGAAGCCUUUUAGGUGUCCCAUAUGCGAUCGUCGGUUCAGCCAAAGUUCCAGCGUCACGACGCACAUGAGAACACACUCGGGGGAGCGGCCGUAUCAAUGCAGAUCCUGCAAGAAGGCGUUCUCGGAUAGUUCUACUCUAACGAAACAUUUACGCAUCCAUUCGGGAGAGAAACCGUACCAGUGCAAAUUGUGUUUACUCAGGUUCUCCCAGUCAGGCAACCUGAACCGCCACAUGAGGGUCCACGGGAACAUGUCGGGCGGCAUGCUCGGCUGACACUUGCAGAGAUGCGGCCUAUCAGCCGUCUACUACUAAACAGGAGAGAUCUUCGUACAUCUGAAGGAAAUCGAGCCAAAAAAGACAAUUUAAAAAUGUGUUUGCGCUUAAUAAAUGUGCUACGGGCUAGCUUGUAAAUUGAAAUGGCGAUAUGUAUAAAAAUAAAUUGUCACUUUGUGUUAUAGGUUACCCCAAAGAGAUUUUGAAAGAGUUGUAAAAGUUGACUCGAGUUAACUCUGAAGUUAGUGCACUGAGUGAAUGAGAUGCCAAUAUGUGCUAACGAUAGUGAGCGACAGUGACAGCGAUAUGUUUGUGGCGUAGUUCAGACCGGUGGGUGUCUGUAUGCUUUGUAACCAUCAAUAUUUUUGAGCACCAACUAGUCUGGGAAGUGCAGAGCUUAUGUCCAACCCUCUCUAGUAGAGGAGGCUAUUGAUGAUGGUCAAUAUGGCUAAAAUAGCGAAAUAUGUCGAAUAAAUGGCGCAGUAUAAUAUUUAAGUAAUGAUGCUUGUAAUAAUUUUAUUACGCCCGCAAUGUAUUGAUAGUGUUUAUGAAAAAAAAAACUGUACAUAAAACGAAUGCAAUUUCUUAUCUUACCUACAAAUACUUAUAGUACCUAUGUCUACCGUGUAUUUACAGUUUAACUGAGAAAAUUAAAUCUAUUAUGCGCUAGUAAUUUUCAUUAGAUACUUCUUAUAUAAUUAAUAAUUUCCAAAUAUUAACCAUUUAUUGUAAAUAUAACGAAAUUAUGUGAAAAAAUGUUUUGUAUAUAACUACAUAAAAUAAGUUUGUUAGAUUUAAGUGAUUAUGCCAACAUUCCAGUAUUAAAUAAUUCUAGUCAUUACUUAAUAGCACUUUUACCGAUAAAUGUUCUAUUGAAUAGACUUUUUGUGAUUAUUUUAUUAGCCAAUUAUUGUCGAAUCAAUUUUACUGGUCUCUGAAUGAAAAUAAUUGAUAUUAAGUACAUUAUUGCACUCGUAAGUCAUUUUAUCAGUA